AUGUCAACCUAUCUUACAAAUUCAACUUUGCAGCCGUUCGAUGACUCGACUCUCCAGGCUGAUUUAAGGGUUCUUUCGUUUUUACUGAAAGAUCGGGUCUACACUGGCGAUAUUUGGGAAAUCAUCGGGGAACGCACCAUAGAAGCGAAGCAAGAGGAAAUACUACGACAGCACCAGAGUAUCUGUGCGGAUGAGCCGAGGGGGAAAAGGCAUGUGGUGCUGGAGCACCAUCUCAUGGAGGAGAGAAAGAAACGAAGUCAAAUGGAAGUGUCUUUGUAUAGCCGGGCCAUCGAACAUUUGCAACAGAACUGGAUUCCUUUCGAAUUCACUACUUCACACAGAGAUGGGCACACAUCCACCAUUUCCAAUUGUGUCGGAUCCUUAUUACCCCUGUUGAGCACAUGGGUCACCGACGAUGUCCGAGAGGUGUUCUACAGUGCAUUGCAUGCAGAACAAGCCUGUCAGACAGAGUUACUGUCAUGGCCACUUCCUGGUCCUACUUGCCCCCGCAACAUUGGGUUGGAAUUGGGUACCUUGAAGGCAAAGAUGUGCCGUGCUCAAGCCGAGACAUACCUUUAUUCAGUAGCUAUUGGAAAGGCCCAUGAAUCAAACUCAGACUUGCGUGAUGAUACUCGUUGGCGUGAUUUGAUCACGAGUUACUCACCAACUGAUAUCUACACAGGCGCAUCGCCGUCUUCCAAACGAUGUAUUCCACCACCUCUCGCAGACGAAAUGUGUUCCUAUGACCAUGACAUAGACAAUGAUCGGGAGGACUCUGAGGCCUUCGAGGUUUAG